GGAUGUGGAGAGCACGCGGGAGCGUGAGGGACUAAGAGACUGGCUCACCGUGCAGUGUACUACCGACACGGGCUUUGUCUGACAGCACCCGAGGAAACCUUCUCCCGUCGACAAGCUGCGCGAACAUUUUCGCGAUUUCCCAGGUUCGAGGGAGCGCGCGCGUUGUGACAUCUCGCUCGGCAGAAUCGUUUCUAAGCCGCGCGGGGGAUGCUGCGCGCGGUAGACCCGCGCCUGCCAUGGACCGACAGCAGCAGCGCCUGUUGGAGCCCUGUCCUGUCCUCUGUCCUGUCCUGUCCUCCGUCCUGUGUCCUCUGAAGCGCAGUGUCGUCUCUGCCCUUGGUUGCGAAGGUCCGCUCGUGUCGAAGGCGGGCUAGCACGAGAUCUCGUCUACAGCGUAGAGGCAGCGCUUGCACGCGAUAAUGAGGCUCAUCAAAAGCUGAGGCGCCACGAGAUGUUCGUGAUCUCUGCUCGAGACCAGCGAAAAAUCCGUCUGCAGCCCGACACAACGCAGCAGGUGUACGCGAGCGCAGGGUCCGCGCGCGCUUAGCCUCCCCGGCUCGUGGUGCUGAAAGGAUAGCGCUCCGAGGAGGCACGCGGAGGGCAUCCGUGCUCAAGGCUUUGUCCUUCCACAAGAGCCUCUAAAUGCAAUAACAUUUCUAGAGUUUGCACCGUGCGUCCGCCGCCUGCCUGGCUUUGAUGGCUGUGCCACGCAAAAUCAAAACUUUGCUGACAGUUAACAUCGUGGUGUUCGUCGGGAUCAUCCUAUUCUCGGUGUACUGCAGGAUCCAGGACCGCUCUGAGGAGCUCCUGCGCGGCGGGCGACCAGCAGACCCGAGACUCCGGAGUAGGAGCGGGAAAGCGGCCAGCUUGGAUAGACAGUCCAUUCUGCAGAGACUGGAGAGGCUGGAGGAUGUGGUGUACAACCAGUUAAACGGUCUAGCCAAGCCCAUGGGUCUGGUGGAGGGUCCAGGGGGUCUGGGCCAGGGUGGAGCUGCUGCCACUCUGGGGGAGGACAGUCAGGAGGGCAGAUAUGAGGAGUAUGGCUACAACGCCCAGCUCAGUGACCGCAUCUCUCUGGACAGGAACAUCCCAGACUACAGGCCCAAGAAGUGUAAACAGAUGACGUACCGUGAUGACCUGCCACAGAUCGCUGUGGUCUUCAUCUUCGUGAACGAAGCCCUGUCCGUCAUUCUGCGCUCUGUCCACAGUGUGGUCAACCACACCCCCGCUCACCUGCUCAAAGAGAUCAUUCUUGUGGACGACAACAGCGAUAGCGUGGAGCUGAAGUUUAAUUUGGACCAGUAUGUGAACAAGCGUUAUCCAGGCCUGGUGAAGAUUGUGAGGAAUGCCAAGCGCGAGGGGCUCAUCCGGGCCCGGAUGCAUGGCUGGAACGCUGCUACAGCUGCUGUGGUCGGAUUCUUCGAUGCCCAUGUAGAGUUCAACACAGCAUGGGCUGAGCCCAUCUUGGCCAGAGUAAAAGAAGACCACACGCGGAUAAUCCUGCCAGCGAUUGAUAAUAUCAAGUACAACACAUUCGAGGUCCAGCAGUAUGCAAAUGCUGCUCACGGCUACAACUGGGGCCUCUGGUGUAUGUACAUCAUUCCCCCACAGGACUGGCUGGACAACGGUGAUGAGACCGCCCCCAUCAGGACUCCUGCAAUGAUUGGUUGUUCGUUUGUAGUGGACCGUGAGUACUUUGGAGAAAUUGGACUUCUCGAUCCGGGCAUGGAGGUUUACGGUGGAGAAAACAUCGAACUUGGAAUGAGGGUGUGGCAGUGUGGGGGCAGUAUGGAGGUCCUGCCCUGUGCGCGUGUAGCACAUAUCGAGCGCACAAAGAAGCCCUACAACAAUGACAUCGAUUACUACGCCAAACGCAACGCUCUUCGCGCAGCCGAAGUCUGGAUGGACGAGUUCAAAUCCCACGUAUACAUGGCCUGGAACAUCCCCAUGAACAAUCCCGGCGUGGAUUUCGGGGACGUGUCGGAGCGGGUUGCCCUUAGAAACAGGCUGAAGUGUAAAAACUUCCGCUGGUACCUAGAGCACGUGUAUCCAGAGAUGCGGAUUUACAAUGACACCAUCACCUAUGGAGAGGUGAGGAACAGCAAAGCCAGCGGAUACUGCCUGGAUCAGGGCUCCGAGGAUGAUAACAGAGCCAUACUUUACCCAUGUCACGGCAUGGCAUCUCAGCUUGCCAGGUAUUCCACAGAGGGCCUGCUUCAGUUAGGACCCCUGGGGUCGACCACAUUUCUGCCUGACACAAAAUGCCUGGUUGACAAUGGAAGGAGCCGGAAUCCUAGCCUAAAGAAAUGUGACUCUGUCUCACGACCGUCACAGAGGCUGUGGGAUUUCACGCAGAACGGGCCGAUCAUAAGCAGGGAUACGGGCAGGUGUCUGGAAGUGGAGAUGUCCAAGGAUGCCAGCUUUGGCCUGCGGCUCGUCAUGCAGCGUUGUUCUGGACAAAAGUGGAUGAUCCGGAACUGGAUCAAACACCCUAAACACUAAUCCCACCCAAACCAGGAAUAAACACGGCAGGAAGGAGAAAACGGAAAACACAAACCAGAAGCCCACAUCUCCUUGCUGUGUGAGCGACGCAGCGAGGCUGAGCAGGAUAAGGAGGAGGCGGGACUGGCGUGUGCACGUCUGCUCUCACUGUGGACUGCGUGGCCAUUCAUGGGUAGAGUCAUGGGAGCUUUCUUUGUGUUAUUACUAUUAUUAUUAUUAUUGGCAGUGUUCAGGCACGUUAAGAGACGUGCACACUGGAGAGGUGUCCCACUAAAGAGGUGUCCCACCUGGCAGGACGGCCAUGCCCAGCGCAGGUCCAGCAGACAGGAGCUUUCUCCCUUCCCAAAUGUGCUCCGUAACCCCACUCACCCCACAGAUCACUGUGGCAGACCGCAACCUCCUCGGGGUCCUGACUUAAGAUUUAAGAAUUGCUGUUGUAACCUUAUACAUCUUAAUGAAUACCAUUUUUAAUUAAGCUGAGAAUAAGCAAUGAUUGAAUGGUUGAGGGGGAAUGGACAUAUAAGCCAAGUAAAAAGUGCGGUUUAACCUUUACAGUAUCAGUAGCCAUAUGAACAACUCUUUACACGGGAUGGGUUGAUUUGUUCCGGUUAGAGUCGUCUAUCUCAUGGGUACCAAGUGCUAGUGCUGCUUUGUUCUAGUGCUAGGUGUAGUGAGUGCUAGCGUAAAACACAACAGACCCCGACUUCAUUUGGAAAUAGCUGGCCUACCGAUGUUUCAGUUUGUUUGCGUUUUUAUUUAUUUAUUUAUUUUUCAAAUUGUUUGAUUUACAGUCUCUGAUCACUUAUGCACAACCGGAUCACGUACUCAUGUGCCUUUCUCCGUGAUCAUGCUUUCCGAGUGGGAACUGUCCAUGUGGAAGCAUGUGUACAAUGACUUUAAGUUAACUGCAGUCUGAAUAUAGUGUAAAGAAGUCUUAUAAUAGUAAAAUGUUGUAAAAUACUCAAGAAAAUGCCACUCAAUUGAGGCUCGUUACACUAAUAAU